AGCUACUACCCCUCAGGAUCACCCAGAUCGAGCAGGUAGACACGAGAACCAGGCACAUAUGCUGUGGUCAAUAUUUGAGCGGAUGGGAGACCUCGGAGACCUUCAAAAUGCCAUCAAGUACGGCGAAGAAGCACUAGCUGCUACCCCUCAGGAUCACCCAGAUCGAGCAGGUAGACAUCGCAGCCUGGGAAUUAUGCUUUCUACAAGAUUUGAGCGGAUGGGAGACCCUGGAGACCUCCACGAAGCCAUCAAGCACGGCGAAGAGGCACUAGCUGCUACCCCACAGGAUCACCCUCAGCGCGCAGGCAUCUGCACUAUCCUGGGUGGACUCUUCGAAUCAAGAUUCUCCCGUCUACACUCCUCCGAGGACUUUGAGAAAGGCCUCAGCCUAUACUACGAGGCAUACGAUUGUCGCACUUCACCACCCAGGAACCGGAUUCAUGCGGCUCGAAAAGCUGCUUCUUUGCAAUAUUUAGCUAGAAACUUUCCCGAAUCAAGUUCCUCUCUCGAGGAUGCAGUUAACCUGAUGCCAAGUGUUGACCUCCGAUUCCUAAAGCGAGAUGACCAACAGCACAUAUUAUCUGAACUUUCUGGGCUAGCAUCCAUUGCUGCUUCCAUGGCUCUUCAAGCAGGGAGAGAUGCCUAUCAUGGUCUUAAGUUACUAGAGCUCGGACGUGGAAUAAUUAUGGGCUUUUCAAUAGAUGCAAGGUCUGAAGCCUCCGAUCUUGAAACCGACCACCCUCUGCUAUUCGCCCAAUUUGACAGUAUUCGGGCUGAGAUCGACUCGUCAAUAGAAGGUACGAACCGGACAAUUGAUGAACCACCAGACCAACACCAAAAGCGUGUUAUAUCCAGACGCUGGGAAGCUGUCAAUGAGAUGGAGAAAAUUCUAAAGCACAUCCGCGGUUUACCUGGCUAUGGGGGAUUCCUACUCCCCCCUCCCCGAGAUGCACUAAUGAGAAUGGCAACAAAUGGCCCUAUCGUUGUCUUCAACAGCAGUAGUUAUAGGAGUGAUGCCAUUAUUGUCACGACCUCAGCUAUAACUUCUUUAGAACUUCCGAAAUUGAGCUACGAAGAAACAACCCGGCGUAUGAGCCAAUUGGCUAGUUUUGGGGGAGGGUCCCCGUUUAAGCGAGGUCGGGAUACCAGAGAAAUGAAAGGCCUCCUUCUUUGGUUAUGGGAUGCAGCAGUGGGACCUGUUUUUGACCACCUCGAAGGCAGCGGCAUCACUCCCGGUGUUGGCGUUCACGAAGCCCAUUUGAGGCGGAUUUGGUGGAUUGGGGUUGGGCAAUUAAGUAUGGCACCUUUCCAUGCGGCCGGGGACCAUUCACCAGGGUCAACCCGGAACACCCUGAGUCGAGCAAUCUCGACAUAUACCCCAACAAUCAAAGCCCUCUCCUAUGCACGCCAAAAACAAUUUCAAUUGUUUGACAAAUUUGAUUCAUCUUUCUCAGAGGAGCGCUCCAAGAAAGCCAAAAUUCUCAAAAAACGCAAUCCCCGCCUACUUCUCGUUCCGAUGCCAGAAACCCCAGGUGCAGCGAAGCUACCAGGAGUGAACGAAGAAGUGCUCUAUAUACUUGAUUCUUCUGCCAAAAGUUCAAUCGAAACCACGCUAUUGAGUAGUCCAGCCCCGGCCCAGGUCCUCGAGGGGAUUAAGCACCACGAGAUUGUCCACUUUGCCUGCCAUGGAGCGUCUUGUCUCAACCCCUCUGACAGCCACCUGGUUCUGUUCAACCAGGACGGCAUCAAUACUGAUAGGCUCCUGGCUCGAGAUAUAUCGAAUUUGUCUACACAAAAUGCACAGAUUGCGUACCUUUCUGCCUGCUCCUCGGCUAAAAAUCCCUCCGCUAUGUUGGCCGACGAAGUCAUACACCUAGCUAGUGCGUUUCAGCUCGCCGGGUUCAGCCACACAUUCGCAAACUUGUGGGAAACAAAUGACGAUGCGGCCUGUGAGGUUGCACGAGAUUUCUACCGCUUGCUUUUCCAACAUCAGGAAAACGGCGACGAUGACGACUGCCUUGUCUCCACAGCUUUUUACAAAGCUGUCAAAAAAGUUCGAGAUCGCAGUCCGGGCAACCCUCUACUCUGGGCUCCCUUCAUACACACGGGCGCC